AUGCCAGACAAAGCCCUCGCGUACCAGGUCGGGCAGGUCCAGGGCCAAGGCCAACUGUACAGUACCAAUGCAUCAAGAACCACGACAAUGCCAGCGCCAACCGAACUCCGCGAAGUCGGCGGCGGCAACGCUCCUUCCACCAAGCCACCCGCUAACACGGACAUGGCAUACACCUCCCCGCCGCCCAUGCGCGUAGUCGGCAAUGCGGGUCUUGUGAGGCCGACGGAUGGGUUGGGGUUUGAGCCCGACUUCGUCGACUGCCCCAACUGUCGGGAGCGGAGGGAGACAAUCGUCAACCGCGUUGCCAGCGAAACAACUCGAUGGGGUAUGAUACCGAGCAUCGGUGUAGUGGGUGUAGGUGGAAAUUGGCGGUCCUACAGCAUGACCAGAGGCCGGGAAAUGCGGCGUAUGUGCCGUCGCAAUAUACGGCGGAAGCAUGAAUCGACAUGGAGAGGCCCUGAAAAAAGUGGUUGGAAGAUAAGACGGACCUUUUAG